AUGACAUCCGUACCUCCUGACGACGUUAUUCAUUUUCGUGGCAAGACCUUAACCCCAGAGAGCCCCCGGCCUCUCCAUAUCCCGGAACCUUCCAACAUUCCUGUCCUCGAGAACCAGAUGGACCCAAUCUUCAACGAUACAUCCACGUAUAACAUUACAUUGCAUGCAAAAGACACUACAUCCAGCUUACCCAGGGCUGGUGACACGGCUCAUCUAAUGGAACAAUAUGCGCGUAUUUAUUCGCUUCUGGCGGACAAAAAUCAGACGAUGGAAAACGGCGGUGGCGGAGACCAAGGCUCAUCUAAUAUUCGUGACUUUGAUCAAGCAGAGGUUCAAGAGAUAAAACAUGGCUCAAAUGUUUCAGAUCCUCAAAAUUCCCACUCGGCCUGCCACUUUAAAUCCACGUUGGUCCCCAUGUCUGCCCAAGAACAUUGCACGACUUCGUCCAAGGACUAUGCCAACUGCCCUACUGUCGCCAUUGCUUUUAAGACCGAAGUUGACUCAUCUAUUAAUCAAAAUCACCCACCUAAUACGGCGCCGCAAGGUAGCCAAAGCCAAUCUAAUAGCCAAACCAUGCCUCAUGACCCAGACAGCGGAAUAAAUUAUGAGUCGCUUCUCGAUAACCUUUGCCAACCAACUGCGACUGCUCCGUCCCUGAGCGAAGCAUCUGCCCUUCAAUCAAUUCCUGCUACUGGUAUCAAUACCCGCUCAUUGGAUACCGAGCCCUCAUUAUCUUCUCCCUAUACUCUUCCUCCACGCCCGCCUCCUCAGGAGAAACCGUAUAUCCACCCCAAUUAUUCGCCCACAGAUGAUAUUCGUUCAUUCCAUAAUAUCCAUACUCAAAAAUCCACCACUAGUCCUCACGUUGCCCAGAGUAAUCUUUAUGAAGCUGCAGCUGUGCCACUAGGUACACCUGGAGAAAUUCCCCAAUCGUCCUUACAGAGUGGACUGUACCCCCCAGUUUCGUCGUUUCAGCAAACCCACAUUACUACCCCGCAGGUUGACAAUGAAGCUAGUAGAUCUGUGUCAGGGAACGAUCGAAGUGAAUCUUCGGAUGCCCUCGCCUCCAAACCGCAAGAAAGCCGAAACGACGAAGCCCCAUGGGGGCCGGAAAUCCAAAGGAAGUAUGAUGAUUUUCUUCAUAACGAACGGACUUAUGUCACAGAAGGCGUAUGGGAUCGCUUUGCUUCCGGCUCAAGGCUGUUUGUUGGUAACCUUCCAAGCGAGAGAGUAACCAAACGCGAUCUAUUCCAUCUUUUUCACAAAUAUGGGCAACUUGCACAGAUCUCGAUCAAACCGGCAUAUGGAUUCGUUCAGUUUAUGGAUGCCGCAUCCUGCCGUAGGGCCCUCGAUGCAGAGCAAGGCGGUUCUAUCAGAGGUCGAAAAAUUCACCUGGAAAUAUCCAAGCCUCAGCGUAACACACGCAGCACAGUGGAAAACUCCAGGCAACGAGGUAAAAGAAGGUCAAGGUCGCCUGAUCGCGCUAAAGGCAGGGAAUCGCGACGUGGAAAUCGAGGAGAUCGAAUCUCGAGUGGUAGGAGGUCUUCUUUUGAUGAAAACAAAGACCGUGCAGACGGUCGUCACGGUGAUACCUAUAGACCAACGAAGUCUCCUCCCCAAGCCAGUCGCCGAGAUGAGUACCGGUCUCGAGACCGCAGCAUCGACAAAAAGGAUCCUCGUGGCAGGAGACGCUCAAGAUCUCCAUAUAGGUCAAGUGACCGCUACCGCAGUCCUACUCCCAGGGCCCAAGGUUAUGAUAGCGAUUCUGAGCUUCCUAUCCCGAGACGAGCACCGCGGCACGUUCCCGAUGUUCAAAUAAUUGUUCUGGAGAACAUAGCUAAUGAAUUUGUGUAUCGCGUCGAAACCUGCUUUAGAGACCAUAAUUUACGAACAGAUGUCUUAAUUUUGAGUCCUCGUAUCAGACUUCCUCCUGUCAUACGACGCCAGAUAUUAGAGGGGGUUCUUGCUAUUGUGAAGCUUUCAAAGUCCAACCAGUAUGCAGGGAAGAUUCCUUUGCAGGUUUUCGACCGUAGUAGCGGUGUUAAUAAUGUCCGUUUCAACGAAUACUCUGGGCUUGAGCCCAAAGUGGCCGCCGAAGUUAUACUACAGGCACGGAAUAUCUCUAUAAGCGCACCUAGUCCAGCCAUACCGCCGCAUGGUCUUGGAAUCCAAGCACCUCUGCCACCGCAAAAUAUGGCUCCGCAGCCCAAUAUUGCCAAUCUUAUAUCGAACCUCGACGCUCCCACCCUUCAGUCUCUACUUGGAGUCUUACAACCGAACCCUGUCGGUAUUGCCCAGAACUACGCCUCACCUAAUCCACAAUCAGCCGACCUUGCACAUCUUCUUAAUACUAUCUCACACCAAACUUCAACCGUCAGUUCAAUUAUUCCAAGUAGUCAGAAUUUUGCCCCAUUGCCUACUAUUGGGCAAUUCCCAAACAAUACUGGUGUUGAGACGGAGACCAACCUUGCAACCCUUCUUUCCCGGGGCCAACCGCAAGCCAACCCCUCUCAAGUACAGAAUAUUAUUGAUCAGUUGACUCAGUGGAAGAAGUAA